AGGGUGUCCCGGUGAGGCAUGACGCAGUAAUGUCAGGUCCUUUUUCACAGCGCAAGAAAUUGAAAGUAAAAAUCACUACAGAUCCACUGCAAUUCAUCUGAAUUUAUCUUCUAAAUUAAAUCUAAACCGUUUUAAAAAUGUUCAUUUCGGUGGGGGAUGUAGUUCCAUCUUUUAAAGGCUUUACGUUGAUAAUGCCUGCAGUAUCUGUUGGAAACGUGGGACAGCUCGCCGUGGAUCUCCUCAUCUCAACAUUAAAUAUGCCCAGAGUGGGAUACUUCCACACGGACUGUCUGAUUCCCAUGGUUGGAAACAACCCGUAUGCCACAUCCACUGAGGAUGCUGCCCAGCUCAGCAUCAGCGCAGAGGUUUACUCCCACAGUGACUUAAAGCUGGCUGUCCUGCAGAUAAGAACACCCAUCAUCCAGACAAAGGUCAGAUCAUUCCGAAAGCUGAUUGUUUCCUGGAUCAAGAGUAGUGGAUUCCUCAGAAGUGUGCUGCUGUCCAGCAGUUACGCUUAUCAGAGAGACGACCAACAGCUUCAUGGCACUCCUCUGCGGUACCUGCUGAGCCCGUCUCUGCAGAAGGAGGAGGGCCAGCGGGUGGAGGAGCUGGGCUGGAGGGAGAUGGAGAGAAUCAGCGUGUUCCCUGAGAUCUCCGACUCAGAGCAGCGGCUCUACAUUCCUGGAGGAGGAGUGACCAAAGCCCUGUACACAGACUGCUGCACAGAGGACAUCCCUAUGGCAGUAGUGCUGAUCUUCUGCUCAGAAGGGGACAACAUCCCUGAUGCUUUUGCUCUCAUCAACCAUCUCAAUGACUGGCUCCAUCUGCUGGAAAAACCUAUGCAGGGCUCAGUGCAGUGGCGGGUUCCUCCCUCAUGGAAGCUGCUGUUCGGUAGCGGGAUCCCACCUCUUCUCUUCUGAAGCGUGGCUGAAACAUCACGCUUGCGUCUGGACAUGCUUGUUCAACUCUGCUGAAAUGCAGGUGUUUAUAACAUGAAUCAGAGAAUCA